AUGUCCCAUUCGCAAAAAUCUUUUGAAUUUAAUACUUCAUUUGGUCCAACCGCAUUUCCAAUCUCAUCUACAUCUAUUUCACCAAUAAUGCCCUCACAAGAUUCGAAUCAAUAUUCAUACGUUGAUAAACAAAAAGCUAAUCCCAUCGCUUAUCUAAUCGAGACCGAAGAAGAAUAUAUAGAGGAUUUAAGAUGCUUGCUUCAACAAGUCACAAAUAGUUGGGAUAAUGACAAUCCUCCGCCGCCAGAAUUGGAUGUCAUAUUUAGUGUUCUUGGCAAGAUUUAUCGUCGCAAUAACGAAUUCUGUUCGAGAUUAAUGCAAAUUGCAUCGACAAAUCAAAUUGGUGAUGUUUUAAUGGAAUGGAUUGAAGAAAUGGAAGGACCAUAUGCUGAGUAUUGUCAGAGUUACAGGCAAGGAAUUGAUUUAUGGCCUGAAAUUGAUAAUAAUUUAACUUUACAGCAAAAUAUUUCUGCACAAAGGAAUCAACCGGUGUCCUUAGACUUUUUCUUUGAGAUUCCCCUCAAGAGAAUUCAUUAUUACAAAAAAUUAUAUAUGCGUACGAUUAAAGGUUUUGAACCUGGAUGGUCUGAUUAUGAUAAGUUCGUAGUUGCAAUCAAGCGAAUGGAUGAUCUAGUUGAAUUAGUAAAGAAAGCCAAAGAGACGAACAGGCCGAGAAAUAAUAUUUCUAUGCCAGUCCCACAAACUGUAUUGCAUACGAUUAUUUCACCCGUUAAUUUACUAGGAGGUCCGACCAUCCCCGAAAUAAAAACAAGUCCAAACAUUCCUGUAAAUUGGACUUUACCAUUGUUGGAAAGUCAACUUGAUACGUCACAAGUCACGGAUUUUUUCACAAAACAACUAAAGUCGCUAAAAGUUGUGCUUACACCUCCUCAUCUCCCAUUUAAGAGGGAGAUAGUACAUCAUGAUGAUUUUAUAGUUAUACGUCAUGAUGGAGAUGGUUACAAUAAUCACAGAGCUCAUGUAAAUUCUCACUUAUUUUUAUUGACCGACUUGUUGUUAAUCUGCCAGCAAUUAACCCCAGAGGAAAAGGCAUUAAAUCCUUCAAAGGAGCUUUGGCUUUUAUAUCCACCGUUAAGCGGGAGACAUUUGACAAUUAAUGAUUUAUACGACAAUAAAGAAUUUUUACAAAAGGAACAUUUGGUGCUUCGUGCAGAGAAUCAAAAUAAAAAGGAUAUAUGGCUUAAAGCAUUUACUCAAAUGAUUGAAUUUGCAACAAAAGCAGCAAGCACAAGACCUCAAGACUCAUCACCUUCAGGAAAAGAGUAUAUUAAAAUCAAACUUCCCCAAGUGUCAUCUAAAUUUAAGCUUGGUCUUCCAUCAAGCCCACUAUCAAAUGACGCACCAUUAUCGCGAAAUUUUCUUCAAGAUAAAAAUAACAGCGCACAAAAUUCUAGAGAUGAUUUACGUGCAGGAGAAAAUCAAGAGAGAAUGAGAUCACCUAAACCAAGAAGUCGAACUAAUUCAAUAACGUCAUUGUCUUCCGUAUCUAGUAUUGGGUCAUUUACAGAAACAAUACAUCAAACACCUCCAUGUGAGGUAGAUCGUUGGGUUGAUGGAAAAUGGGUUCUUAUAACUAAAAAUGACAAAUGUAUUGUAGAAAUAAAUAUGACAAGUUCAAAUAAUCCUUGUUGGGCUGUUCUACUAGAAUCAAGUGGGCGAAUGGUUCUUAAUGCAUGGAUACAUCCCACAACUUCUUUACACAAAGAAUCUCCAUUUUCUAUAAGUGUAGCAUGUGAGAUGGGAGUGGUCAAAGAGUUUUAUAGAAUAACAUUAAAAAACCCGAUUGAUUCGGAUAAAUUAUUUUCGGACUUUCUAAAAAUGAAGAAUCUUGGACCAAAUACUCUGCCAGUACCAGGGCUUAUAUCCCGAUCAUCUUCGUUACAAAAUAAUCGACCGAUUCAAACAAUGAAAGAAAUUGAACAAACGAUGACAGAUGUUAUGGAUUCAAGGGUUAAAUUAUUUUUACAAAAUGAUCAUGGAAAUUGGACAAAUUUUGGUUGGGGAAAUAUGAUUCUGUCAUUGGAAACUCCUUCACAUCGCAAACGAAUUACUAUUUUAUCAGGGAAAAAUUCGAAAAUAGUUGAUAGUUUUAUCGAGGAUACUGGAGUUGGAAGAGUAGGCAAAUCUAGUGUUACCUUUAAAAUUAAUAAUUCUAAAUGUCUCAACAAUCACGCGGCCUUGAUUGAUAUCUCGCAAGGCGGUGUUGAACUUGAUCAAAUUAUCCAUGUUUUAAUGUCCAAAUAA